CUGCCCGGCUCUGUUGUGGCAUAUAAUAGUAAUUCAUUCUUGUUUUUAUGGAGAUUAUCUGUUCAGUCAGCUGAUAGGUAAUUGAGUUGCUUCCAGUUUUGGUUGUUAGUGUGUUGUGAAUAUAUGUUUACAACAUUUGUUUUGAACAUACGCUAUUCUCUUGAGUAUAUAUGUAGGCAUGAAUCAGCUGAGCCAUAGAGUAAUUAUUUAAAAGUAGACGCACCUUUAAAUGUUUCUCAAUGUGCCUAUGUUAAAAAAUUAUUUUACUAAUCAUGUGUGAAGGUUCCGCUUUCUUUAUUAUUGUUGCUAUUAUUGUUAGUCUUAUAGUGUCUGUUUUGAUUAUGUAGACCUAAAGUCGGUGGAAUGUAAGGGUACUGUUGAUCACUGUACUUUGUGUAAACCAUAUAAACAUUGAAAAGUAGAGAUUAAGUAUCUUUUAGAAAAGCCUGGAACCAGAUGUGUUUCAGAUUUAAUAAUUUUUCAGAUUUUGGUAUGUUUCCAUAGACUUUACUGGUUAAACAUAUCUAAUCUGACAAUGCAGAAUCUGAAAUGCCAAUAAAUCCAAACCUUUUUUGAGUUGUUGACAUGAUGAUUUAAAAUCUUCUAGAUUUUGGAGCAAUCUUACUUUCUCAAGUAAAGAGAUCUUUUUUUAAGAAAACAGUAUACUGGAAAAUAGUUCAUAAAGGUUUUCCUAUGAUAAUUAUUCUUCUAAACAUUUUAUAUUGACAGCUCUUUGAAGCCUUGAAGAUUAUGAUUUGAACGAUGAAUUGGGUUUAUGUUAGUGUUCUAACUAAAGGUUUGUUUAAUUUAUUAGAAUUAUUAAGCCUACGUUCAGAUCAAAUUAGCAGCUAGACUGGUGUGACAACCUGUUAUUAAUCAGUGAAUCAAAGCUGUUAUCACCCUGAUGUCCCCGAAUGGCCACAGCUUGUAAAAGAUCACCAAGAGAAUCCCAGUCUGAGGACAUUGAAGCUAGCCGAAUGAAGCGAGCAGCUGCAAAGCAUCUUAUAGAACGCUACUACCAUCAGUUGACUGAGGGCUGUGGAAAUGAGGCCUGUACGAAUGAGUUUUGUGCUUCCUGUCCAACUUUCCUUCGUAUGGAUAACAAUGCAGCAGCUAUUAAAGCCCUUGAGCUUUAUAAAAUUAAUGCAAAACUCUGUGAUCCUCAUCCCUCCAAGAAAGGAGCAAGUUCAGCCUACCUUGAGAACUCAAAAGGUGCAACUAAUAAUUCAGAGAUAAAAACGAACAAGGAUGGAAAAGGAGCGAAAUCUGAUUUUAAAGAUGUGAAUUACCUGACUGAAGAGAUAGUGUAUGAAAUUCUUGACGUAUGUACAGAGAGUGAUGACUACUCCCCUUUAAUUCGAGUAAUUGGAAGAAUUUUUUCUAGUGCUGAGGCACUGGUUCUAAGUUUUCGCAAAGUCAAGCAACACACGAAGGAGGAAUUGAAAUCUCUUCAAGAAAAGGAUGAAGACAAAGAUGAAGAUGAAAAGGAAAAGGCUGCGUGUUCUGCCGCUGCCGCUGCAGCUGCUGCCGCUGCUGCCGCCGCCGCUGCUGCCGCUGCUGCCACUGCUGCCGCUAUGGAAGAAGACUCCGAAGCAUCUUCUUCAAGGAUGGGUGACAGCUCACAGGGAGACAACAAUGUGCAAAAAUUAGGUCCUGAUGAAGUGACUGUGGAUAUUGAUGCUAUUAGAAGGGUCUACGUCAGAUUGCUCGCUAACGAACAGUUAGAAACUGCCUUUCUCAAUGCACUUGUAUAUCUGUCACCUAACGUGGAAUGUGACUUGACAUAUCACAGUGUGUAUGCCCGAGAUCCCAAUUAUCUCAAUUUGUUCAUUAUUGUAAUGGAGAAUAGUAACCUCCACAGUCCUGAAUAUCUGGAAAUGGCCCUGCCAUUAUUUUGCAAAGCUAUGUGUAAGCUACCCCUUGCAGCUCAAGGAAAACUGAUCAGACUUUGGUCUAAAUACAGUGCAGACCAGAUUCGGAGAAUGAUGGAAACAUUUCAGCAACUUAUUACUUACAAAGUCAUAAGCAAUGAAUUUAAUAGCCGAAAUCUAGUGAAUGAUGAUGAUGCCAUUGUUGCUGCUUCAAAGUGUUUGAAAAUGGUUUACUAUGCAAAUGUAGUGGGAGGGGAAGUAGACACCAAUCACAAUGAGGAAGAAGAUGAAGAGCCCAUACCUGAGUCCAGUGAAUUGACACUGCAGGAGCUUUUGGGAGAGGAAAGAAGAAACAAGAAGGGUCCUCGAGUGGACCCAAUAGAAACUGAACUUGGUGUUAAGACUCUAGAUUGUCGAAAACCACUUAUCUCCUUUGAAGAAUUCAUUAAUGAACCACUGAAUGAUGUUCUAGAAAUGGAUAAGGAUUAUACCUUUUUCAAAGUUGAAACAGAAAACAAAUUCUCUUUUAUGACAUGUCCCUUUAUAUUGAAUGCGGUCACAAAGAAUUUGGGAUUGUAUUAUGAUAAUAGAAUUCGCAUGUACAGUGAACGUAGAAUCACUGUUCUCUACAGCCUAGUUCAAGGGCAGCAGUUGAAUCCAUAUUUGAGACUCAAAGUCAGACGUGAUCAUAUCAUAGAUGAUGCACUUGUUCGGCUGGAGAUGAUUGCUAUGGAAAAUCCUGCAGACUUGAAGAAGCAGUUAUAUGUGGAAUUUGAAGGAGAGCAAGGAGUGGAUGAAGGAGGUGUUUCCAAAGAAUUUUUUCAGUUGGUUGUGGAGGAAAUCUUUAAUCCAGAUAUUGGUAUGUUCACAUAUGAUGAAGCUACAAAAUUAUUUUGGUUUAAUCCAUCUUCUUUUGAAACCGAGGGUCAAUUUACUUUAAUUGGCAUAGUCCUCGGUUUGGCUAUUUAUAAUAAUUGUAUACUGGAUGUCCACUUUCCCAUGGUUGUCUACAGGAAGCUAAUGGGGAAAAAAGGAACUUUUCGUGACUUGGGAGACUCUCACCCAGUUUUAUAUCAGAGUUUAAAGGACUUAUUGGAGUAUGAAGGGAAUGUGGAAGAUGAUAUGAUGAUUACUUUCCAGAUAUCACAGACAGAUCUUUUUGGUAACCCAAUGAUGUAUGAUCUAAAGGAAAAUGGUGAUAAAAUUCCAAUUACAAAUGAAAACAGGAAGGAAUUUGUCAGUCUUUAUUCAGACUACAUUCUCAAUAAAUCAGUAGAAAAACAGUUCAAGGCGUUUCGCAGAGGUUUUCACAUGGUGACUAAUGAAUCUCCCUUAAAGUACUUAUUCAGACCAGAAGAGAUUGAAUUGCUUAUAUGUGGAAGUAGGAAUCUUGAUUUCCAAGCACUAGAAGAAACUACGGAAUAUGACGGUGGCUAUACCAGAGAGUCUGUUUUGAUUAGGGAGUUCUGGGAAGUUGUUCAUUCGUUUACAGAUGAACAGAAAAGACUCUUCUUGCAAUUUACAACUGGCACAGACAGAGCACCUGUCGGAGGACUGGGAAAAUUGAAGAUGAUUAUAGCCAAAAAUGGCCCAGACUCAGAAAGGUUACCUACAUCUCAUACUUGCUUUAAUGUCCUUUUACUUCCGGAAUACUCAAGCAAAGAAAAACUUAAAGAGAGAUUGUUGAAGGCCAUCACAUAUGCCAAAGGAUUUGGCAUGCUGUAAAGAAACAAAAAGAAAAGGAAAAAGAAAAAAAAAAGAAAAACAUUAAAAAAACAUAAUAAAUAUAGUAAGAGGGAUAAUUUGGUGGUGAUAGUGUCCCAGUACAAAAAGGCUGUAAGAUAGUGAACCACAGUAGUCAUCUAUGUCUGUGCCUCCCUUCUUCAUUGGGGACAUUGUGGGCUGAACAGCAGAUUUCAGCUACAUAUAUGAACAAAUCCUUUAUUAUUAUUAUAAUUAUUUUUUUGCGUGAAAGUGUUACAUAUUCUUUCACUUGUAUGUACAGAGAGGUUUUUCUGAAUAUUUAUUUUAAGGGUUAAAUCACUUUGCUUGUGUUUAUUACUGCUUGAGGUUGAGCCUUUUUGAGUAUUUAAAAUAUAUAUACCAACAAAACUACUCUCGCAAGGAAAACAUUGCCACCAUUUGUAGACCAUGUAAUCUUCAAGUAUGUGCUUUUUUCUUUUUUCUCUUUUUUUUUUUUUUUUUUUGUCCCUGUAUCUAGCUCAAAUCAGGACCUUCUUUUUUUUUCUUUUUUCUUUUUUUUUUCCCCUGUUUUUUUCCUAUCAGUUUGCUUUUGCAACUUGAAGUCUUGGAAACAGUAUGGUGCAAGUACUGCUGUUCUAGCCCCCAAAGAGUUUUCUGUACAAAAUUUUGAGAAUCAAUAAAGAUGGAAGGGAGAACUUGGAAUGUUUGAACAACAGCCCUCAGAACUUUACUUUAGUAACAGCACAACAAAUUAAAACAACUCAUGCCACAGUAUGUUGUCUUCAUGUGUCUUGCAAUGAACUGUUUCAGUAGCCAAUCCUCUUAGUAUAUGAAAGGACAGGGAUUUUUUUGUUGUUGUUGUUUUUGUUUUUGUUGUUUUAAGUUUACUGGGGAAAGUGCAUUUGGCCAAAUGAUAGGGUAGUCAAGCCUAUUGCAGCAAAAUUAGAAAGUUUGUUGUAUAAACAAGCAUGUAAAAGUGCACUUAAAAUGAAUCUUUAUCAUUACCUUGAUUUUAAAUAGACAAUCCAAAGUCUCCCCUUCUGUUGGCAUCAUCUUUUUAAUCAGCUAUUUUCCAAGGCACUCGAUCAGUGUUGCAGCGUGACAGAAAGGAUGGCUACUGUGCCUUGUGUUACUUAGUCACACAGUAAGCAGGCCUGCAAAUGAAUGGAACUAUUACUCCUGAGAACUACAUUGUAUCCCCCAAAUUGAAUUUUACAUCAAAAAGUGUUAAAUAUUCAUGUGCUAUAGAAAAGUACAAGUAGGCUUAAAUUACUGGAUAUUUAAUGUAGUCUCCCAUUCGUAGUCUUCUAUGUCUGUGAUGUUAAUUUCUUUUGUUGCAUAAGAAAAUAAAAGAAUUAUGUAUUUUUAACUAAGGAGAGACAUACUGGUAUAUCAUUUUACUACAAGCAACAGCUAAUUUGUUGAGCUUGUGACUUGAUUGUUUUAACAAUUAGUGCAAAUCAACCUUAUUUUAAAAUUAGCAGGGGAAAAAUGUAGCUUUCAAAUCAUUGGAAAUGGGGAUUUUUUUUUCAUUCUGGUAGUAAUCAAAACAGAACUAUUUACUGUAAUGCUAAAUAAAACAGUGGCUUAAAAAAAGAAAACUAUACCUUAAUGGGAGAAAAAGAACACAGUGCUUUCUGUACUGUGAUAAGGUAAUGUGGGUUUUUUCGUUUUUUUUUUCUGGGCUAGCCUUUAGAACACUGUUAUGGUAUGUGUGCUACCUUGAUUAUAGGACCCGUAAAUGUGACUGUAGUCAUCUUAAAGGGUCUCUCAUCCCCUGUGCUUCUUAUGUAUUCAGAAAGUGAUAAGAAGACAAGUGAGUACACUAUACAAUAAAUUUGUGAAGGAAUUUGUGUUCUUCAGUUCUCAAGUUUUAUUGUUGCUACAGUAUUGAAGUAGCUGUGAUACUAUAUCUGUGUGAAAGUUUUCAAGUGAUAAUAUAGAUUAUCAGACAGAAGUAACAUCAAUAUAUUUAAUAGAAAGUGGAAAAAAAUACCCUAAAAAGUUUUAAGAAGAAAAAAUAAACUCUCAUUUGCUUCAUAAUCAGUUUUCCUUAGCAUGUUACCACGUUAUUAUGGCUGCCUUUCCAUUAUGCUUUCUUAGAAUGUCAAGGAGCAGUAUCUUAUGAGUAAAAGAAUACCUUUUAGUGUUGUAGAACAUUUCAAACUUACUGCUUAAAAGCACAGCCUGCAGCAAAACUUUUCUGGAAACAUGGCAGCUGCAGCAAAUGAAUUGAGUGUCUGUAUAUAUUGUGGUGUAUAGUUAAUUGUGUGAUCAAAUCCAGUUGCAGUUACCUUAGCUUUAUUUGGAGAUACAUCCCUGUAUAGGAAGAUAUGUUAUCAAAAGAAGCCUAUAAAUGAGGCUUCAGAGAACUUGUUCAUGUUAACACGUGGCACGUGCUUAUAAUUGGGCAGCAUCACUCCCUAUUUCUACGAGGUGGCUAUACUGAAACUCUUUUAAGGAAUUGUUUCUCAAGAAUCCACAUAACCUCCUAGAGAAAGAGGUGUUUUUCUGAGGCUACAUUUUGUGAUGUUCUUCCCUUUAGUUGCUUAGACUAUCUUUAUCCUUUCUACCCUUCCCAGGGCCGCCAGAGUAAAAUAUGAUAAUAAGAGCAACUUUCACUUGCUGCUUCUCUUAUCUUUCCUCCUCUUAUCCUCUUAUUCUAUUGAACACCAUAGUUCUUUGUGUCUGUCUGUGUGUGUGAGAGUGUGUGUGUGUGUGUGUGUGUGUGCGUGCGCACACGUUCACUCACCCACACGUGCACACACACAUACAUUCUGGACUCACUGAAUCAUAUUAGCCCAUGGAAAAGGAGAGAGUUGGAAAAGACUAGGUCUUUGAAAGGAAGACUUUUUUUUUUUUAAUUUUUGGUGACUCUCUACAUUCUACCUUCUUUAUACCACAAACACACUUUCCUUUAUCCCAGUAAAGAUGGCAGCUGGCACCUUGAAUCAUUCUGCUAUUACUAGUCCCUCGUUUUCACAGAGGAUUCCUCCUGAUUCUGUUCUCUGUAGAUGUAUGUGAUUCAUAUUUAACAUUUCUUAUACUUUGUAAGUCAAAUUCCUGUAAAUUCUGAAGGGAACUCUCAGUGACUGUCAAGUACCUACCUGUGCAUGUGGUUCUUCAUUUGCACAAACUAGGUCAGCCACUGUAACUUGAGAGGUUAUACACCUUACUAAAAGUCAUAUAGCCAGGAAAAAAAGGAUGUCUAGUGCUAUGGGUGGGCCCACAUGACCACCUAAUAAUUGUCAUAUUCCUUUUGCAAAAAAAAAAAAUCAACCAUCAAAUUAAGAUUCUUAGACUGACAUGCAUAGGACUUAGGAUCAUUAUCCUAAUUAUUUUUCAUUCCCCAUAAAUCCAUAGAUAAUGAUGUGGAAGGUGGAUGGAAAAUAGUACAGGGUGGUUGAGAUUGCAGCUUUCACUCAAAGGACUUCAGAGUUUAUUUUGGGCCCUGCCAUUGCCUUGACAUAGAUUAUACCUAAUUCUACCUUAUCUCUGGUUGUGUGGUUUUAAUGAAAUUACCAUACAGAUGCUAGAUAACAUCUUGAAAGACACCCCGAGAGGAAUUCUCCCAACAUUUACUUGUUAACUAAAAGAAAAACAUCAAGAGAUUGGAAUCUGUAAUAAAGAUUGAUUUUGAAAGAGUUGACCUUUUCUCAUCCACCUUUAAAUGGAAGAGAUGUGCUCUCCCUCAUAUUUGUUUGAGACAUAAUUCACAUAAUGUAAAAUUCAUCCCUUUAAAAAGUGUAAAAUUUGUGGUUAUAGUAUAUUCACAGAGUUGUGUAGUUGUCAUUAUAUAUAAUUCCAGAGCAUUUUCAUCACUGUAAAAAGUUUUCUGUACUCAUUAGGUGUGACUGCCUGUUCUUAACCCCCAGCCCCUGGCAACUACUCAUCUAAAUAUGCCUAUGAAUUUGCCUAUUUUGGACAUUUCAUGUUAACAGAGUCAUAUACUAUGUGGCCUUUUUUGUCUGUUCCCCCACCAUCCCCAAAGUAAUGAGUUCAAAGUACAUCCUUGUUGUAGCAUGUAUCGGUACUGUUUCUUUUGUGACCGAAUAUUGUCAUUGUAUUGAUAUAAUGUAUUUUUUUGCUUGUCUAUUUGGUUGUGGAUACUUGUGUUGUUUCUGCUUUUUGCAUAUUAUGAAUACUACAACUAUGAACACUUUGUGUACAAGUUAAAUUUUCAUUUCUCUCGUGUCUUGUAAGCAUCUUAUGGUUUUAGUUCCUAAAUUUAAGUCCUUGAUCCAUUUUUGCAUGUGGUGCACUAUAGGGAUCCAAUUUCAUUCUUUAAUAUGUGAAUAUCUAGUAGAACAAAUGACUCAUUGUGACAUAGACUAAUAAUUAUUUCUUGAUGAGUGGGAUUGGCAUCCUUGUGAAAAACCAAACAAAUCCCCACCCCACCCCCAUACAAGUGACUGUGAAAAUGUACUCCUCAACUUGAAUCCAUUGUCCUAUGUGUUAUUAAGCUAGUACCACAUUGUCUUAAUUGUAGCUGUGUAGUAAGUUUUGAAUUUAGGAUGUUUGAAUCCACCAACCUUGUUCUACUUCAGGAUCAUUUUACCUGUUCUGGAUCCCUUGCAUUACACAUGGAUUUUAGGAUCGAUUUGAUUUGUUAAUUUCUUCGUAACAAGCACCUGUGAUUUUGAUAGUUUUUGUGUUGAUUCGAUACAUCAGAUUAAAGUAUGUUGGUAUUUUAACAGUAUUAAAUUUUCUAAUCCAUAAACAUGGAGUGUCUUUCCAUUUAUUUAGGUCUGUAAUUUCUUUCAAUGCUGUUUGAUAGAUUUUAGUGUAUACAUCUUGAUUUUUUUGGGGGGGUUAAAUGUUUUUGAAAGGUAUUCUUCUUGAUGCUAUUACAAACAAUUGUUUUCUUUUUUGGAUUAUUCAUUGCUAGCAUCUAGAAAAAAUUGAAUUUUGUGUAUUGACCUUAUAUACUACAGCUAUUCUGAGCUUAUUUUGCUUUUAUUUUAUUUUUUCUGUAUACAAGUUUGUGCUUGUGUUAAUAGAAAUACUUUUGCUUCAUUUCCAAUCUGGAUUCUUUUUAUUUGAUUUUCCUGCCUAAGUACCCUGGCUAGCAUGUCCAGUAUAAUAUUAAAUAGGAGUGGCAAGAGUGGACAUCUUUUUCUUGUUCCUGAUUUUAGGGGGAAAGUAUUAGGUCUUUCACCAUUAAAUAUGAUGUUAGCUGUGGGUUUUUCAUAGAUGCUGUAAGUUGAGGAAAUUCCAUCUAUUCCUCCUUUAUUGAAUAGUUUUUAUCAAAAAAAGUAUUGAAUUUUGUCAAAUGCUUCUUCUGUAUCAAGGUUGUCAUGUAGUUUUUGUCCUUUAUUGAUAUGUUGUAUUACAUUGAUGGACUUUGUAUAUUGAACAAACCUUGCAUUCCUGGAAUAACCCCACUUGUCUAUGCUACAUAAACCAUUUUCUAUGCUGCUGGA